AUGGAUAUCCUUGAGUCGACGCAGGAAUGCUUGGACAACUGGGAGAGCGGAGGCAGCACGGAAUGUCGCAACCUCCUUGCUCGUCCUCAUUCUAACCCACACGAUCCCGACUGUAAUGCUGCGCUAACGACGGCGUACCACGCGUUACUGUCCGCUACUCUUCUCUCCUGGUCUCCCAAAAAGUCGCUGUCGGUGAACGACGUCAUUGCCUUCGUCCGUUCCGUGAUCGACCACCUGCCCUCUACGUCCGCCGGUUCGGAGAACAACCCUAAUGUCGUCGCCUUCGGAGAGAUACUGGUGGACAUCAUAUGGGCCAUCGACUCGGAGCUCGAGGAGAUCCUUGGAGACGCGAAGGGCACGGCGACCACCGCUGAACAGGGCUCGCUAUCUGCGGCUACCGUGGCACAGGCGGUGAAGGCCAGGAGUAAUGCAGAGUCAGACAAGGAAACCCUGGUGGCAGUCGUGAGAAGGCUCCUGGUUAUCGGCGUACUUGACCCCACCAUUUGCCGGGAGAGGCUCGACCUGGGGCUAGUCGCAAGCGUCGGUCUGGUUGGAGACAAGCUGGCAUUCGAACGGAAGGAAAUCCGGACGCGGACCGGCCUAUUCUACAAGCAGAACAAGUUCAACUUACUCCGAGAGCAGUCGGAAGGUUACAGCAAGUUGACCACAGAACUGACGAGUAGCCUUGGUCCCUCCCAUUCGCCGUCAACCGGGUACCCUUCCGAGCCCAUUGAGGCAAUCGAGGCUCGCGCUCGGCCCACAUGGGAGCGUGCCCUGGGCCUCAUUGGCUAUUUCGAUCUGGACCCCAACCGCGCCCUAGAUAUCAUACUUGAUGUCUUUUCUGUUCAUCUCGCCACGCAUCACAGCUUCUUCCUGUCGCUGCUAUCAUUCUCUCCAUGGGGCUCUAAGACGCGCCGUGCCAUCAAACAAGAAGAUAUGGCCGUCGAACCCGAUCUCAGUCAGUACAAAGACAAGAGCCUUACGGAAGUCCUCAAGAUCGCGGAGGAACGAUCAGGCGUUCAGUUGAACGACAGUGGUGACAACACCAGUCGGGUUUUGGCCCAGGUCCUGGGGUUCAAGUUCACAUACUAUCAGUCACCGGAUGUCAUGGAGAAACCCCCUCAGAAUUUGUACCUGAUGGCAGCGAUACUCAUCCGUGAAGGCUUCUUGGCGUUGGAGGAUCUGUACCCACAUAUAGGUCCUGCAGAUGAGAGCAUGGGCGACCUCCACAAGGCAUACUUGACCAAUGUCGAGAACCGCAUUGCUGGAGCCAAGGUCAGUCAGCUCGCGAUGGCAGCUCCUCUCGAGUCGAGCGGGCCCUCGAGCACAAAGGCACGUCCCACAGCUCCAGAACCGAAGGAAGAGGUAGUAGAGAAGGUAGCGCCAAAUCAGAAGCUAGGACUUUUGAAUGCGUUGCUUUCUGUGGGUGCUCUGCGUCCCGCAAUCUCCAUUCUGUCCAAAUUCCCUUGGAUGGUCGAUGCGUACCCCGAGCUCGCAGAUCUGAUGCUUCGUGUGCUGAAGCAUUCGAUUGCUCCGUUGUUUGACUCGAAUUUACCGCCGAGAAACAAGUCUGCGAGUUUCAUGAAGCCUCGCGCUCGGUACGGCGCCACGGGUGUAGUCCCAGCGCCGGAACGCAGACCGCAAUUGACACUGGUUGCGCCCACCCCGCCGAGUACCAGCACGGUAGAAUUCGUGUUCUUCUUCCCAGAUUGGGUCGAGCGUGUGCCUACAUGUUCUUCUUUCGAUGAUCUCGUGGACGUGUUGGAACCGUUGAUGUGCUUCAUUGGGCUGCACAUAUCCCGUGACACAUCUUUCCUUACGAAGCUCCUCCGAGUUGGGCGGCAGCACAUCACGACUACCGUCGAGGUGGAACCAGAGACCAAGAGACCCGUAGGAACCCCGGAUCCAUCGCACCCCGUUAUGGUCUUUUGGUUCAAGCUCCUGCGUCGAUAUAUCCUUCCUGCGCUACCACUGAUCCGCGGGAAUGCUGUCUGCACGGUGGACGUGUGGAACGUCUUGCGACAGUUCGAGAUCACCCUUCGUUGGCAACUAUACGGGGAGUGGAAAACGAGCACUUACAAGUCGCACCCGGAGCUCCGUGUACGACAAGUGCAAACGGACAGGGAAGCCAAGGGUAUCCUUCGCCGUCUCUCACACAACACCAUCGAUACCCUAUCCGGCGCUGUCGCGAAGCUCGCGUAUUCCAAUCCGUGCAUCUUCUUCACCAAUGCUGUCAAUCAGGUCAUGGCCUACGACAACUUAGCUGGGGUCGUGAUUCAGUCACUGAAUUAUGUGACGCUCAUGGGUUUCGACGUGCUCGUGUACAUCAUUCUGGACGCCUUCGCCAAUCCCAACAAAGAGAGGGUGAAGGAUGACGGUGUCAACAUAUCCGAUUGGCUACAGAGUCUUGCCUCGUUUACCGGCAUGCUGUUCCGCCGAUACAGCGCUGAUCUAACGCCGCUCCUCACUUACGUCGUGCACCAGUUGCAGAACGGGCAGACAACGGAGAUUGUGGUGUUCCGCGAACUCAUUUGGAAAAUGGCGGGCAUCGAGCCACUCCCCAGUCUAUCGGAUUCUCAGAUCGCUGCUAUGGCCGGAGGACCAACCUUGCGGAUAGAGGCCGUCGCUUCAAGUACGCGCGGUGCACGGCUCGACCCCGGAGAUGCGACGUACAAGGGACCGCACCGUCUGGGCAAGGCACUCCUCGACUCCUCGCUCGCGCUUCCUCUACUCGUCCAAGUUGCUCAGCAACGGCAAUCAUGCGUUUACCGAGCGCCUGACGCUCAUCUCAAGUCUCUCGCUAGUCUGUUCGACACAACGCACGGCGUCCUGCUGCAAUACUUGGAGCUGCUUACAACGCCGACCGUCAUUAGCCCUGAAGACUAUGCCACGAAGGUCGUACCUCCUCUUGCCGAGCUGAACGAGAAGUAUGGCAUCUGCCCGCCUAUCUGCAUGCAGAUCUACAGGCCGAUCCUCCACGGAAAGUUGCUUGCUGCCGCCCUUGCUUUGCAGGAGAAAGAGCGCGUGGCGAGCGAGGAAGCGGAGAAGCGACUGAAAGCUGCUCUCCUGACAGCGAAGCGUGAGCCAAAUGCCACCGCGUCGCGCGUGGCCUCUCCUCAUCCCGGCGCGGAUGGCACCACAAAUGGCGACGUGCCUGCGGAGGCCAAACCACCAAUUUCAGAUUCUCCCUCUGGUGAUGUCAUGAUGGAGUCGAUGGAGAAGAUUGCUACGCCUCCUGAGACACCAUGGCUUCCUGAGCUCCAGCCCCUGUUCGAGGAUGUGAAGAAGAUGGCCCCCGCUCCUGCAUCAGAGAUCAUUGGGCCCGCCUUCUACCUGACGUUCUGGCAGCUAUCUACUUAUGACCUCUCUCCCCCGGCUGCAAGGUAUGACGAAGAAUGCACGGCGUUGCGCACUUUGAGUCGUGCCGAGGACUCCAAUUACAAUCAGGCGGACCGCUCCGCAGAUCGUGCUAAGCGCAUGACCGCCAACACCUACCGAGAUCGGCGGAAUAGGAUCAAUGCUGUCGUGUCUGCGCUAAGUCAGGAGUUCAAGGAGCAGACUGCGAAUCGUGCAUUUACCAUCAAGCGCCUUGCCCGUGAGAAGCACCAUUGGUUCGCACACAAUCCCAAAGCUAUUACCCUCGCCGCCUGCAUCAUUGAAUACUGUAUUCAACCACGAUGCUUAAUCUCGCCUAUGGAUGCCGACUUUUGUGCCCAGUUUAUCAAGGUCAUGCACUUGCAGGGUACUCCUGGCUUUUCGACACUCCAGACCUACGACAAGAUUCUUGGAGAGCACAUCAAGGUCGUUAUCUUCUCUUGCAGCGAAUAUGAAGCUCGUAACUAUGGUCGGUUCUUGCUUGGGGUUUUGACGGACAUACAGAAGUGGUCCCAAGACGAGCAACUGUUCACGCAAGAGAACCGGACGAAGAGUGGUGGAGCAGUCGCCCUGUUGCCUGGUCUGCAACGCCGUUGGACGUCAAAGUCGGUCAUCGCGCAGGAGGAUUUGAUCAAGUGGAGCGAUUUCAAGACGGUCGUCAAGAAGUGGCACCGUAAGCUCUGCAAGUGUCUGACGGAGUCCAUCGAGUCGGGCGAGUUCAUGCACGUGUACAACACGAUCAUCCUUCUGAAGGAGAUUUUGCCGGUGUUCCCGAUCGCUUCCAUUUCCGAGUUCAGUGGCCUGAACAUAAGUAGAGCCAUUGAAAAGUUCCUGGAGAAGGAGGAACGAGGGGAUCUCAAAAUCCUUGGUCGAGCCUACUACGCAAGUCUGAAGAAGCGAGAGCCUAUUUGGGCAGCUCCCUCAAAGCCUGCUCCGCCGGCCUCAAGAACUCCAGUUCCACCCUCGCAGCCCGAGAAGCCUCGCAAUGGCACCCCAACUGCCCCUGCCAGCCAGGCAGCUGCGGAUCAACGCAGGCCAGCUCUCUCUUCCGCGCCAUCAGGUCCCAAGGCACAUGUCGCGCAGACUGCAAACACAGCUUCGUCUGCUGCCCCAGACCGAAGCGGGACUCCGACAUCCACAAAGCUGGCACUCGACAGUGUUCCGCGUCCAGAAGUUGUCAAGAGGGUCAGACCUGAACCGAAAAUUGCGGCCGAUGGCAAGCCGGCGGCAGAAGCGAAGACUACUCCCCAGGGAGAUGCCAUGGAUGUCGAUCAACCAAUACCGCAUUCAGCCUCGCACAAUGAUAUGACCGUCUCCAACGCAUCCAAAGGUGUUGCGCCUAUUGCGACUUCUUUCAGCGAACCCGUGCGCAUCUCUCGUCCCCCCACACCCAGUCAACCAGCGGCAGUCCGGGCCGCUGCUGGCAGGCCAAUCCCAAGUUCGCCUAGGGGCUCUCUCAGUAAUCUCGAUUUCCAGGGAGGGCGUCCAGAGCCACCACAGAUCAUGCCACCUCCCUCCAAACCUAGUCAAACGCUGUCUGCGCAAGAGCUCCGAGAGACUGCGAAGCAAUCACGAACUGAGAGAAGCGACACUCAGCCUCCCACGGAGCCGCGUUCGCAAGCCCCUGCUCCUUCGCCACGCCGCAGGUCGCCUUCACCUUCGAGCCGGCCUGGUACAAGAAACCCAAGCUCGGAGUCAAGAGCGAGCGGGGAUCGCCGAUCGGCUCGAGGAGACAAGGGUGAUGAUAAGCGUUCCGAGCGUGAGCCCCGUCCAGAGGGACGUGAAGUUUCGCGUCGGGAAAGCAUCCGUAGCGAGCGCAGAGCGGGUCGCGAAGACCGAGAUAAAGAUGGUGAGCGCGAUAGGGACAGGGGACGAGAUAGGCAUGGUGAGCGCGACAGGAGGGACCGCGAUCGUGAGCACCGCGACCGCGAGGAAAAGCGCGAACGUGAUAGGGAACGCGACCGAGAUGGUAGUCACAGGGAGCGUGAACGGGAUCGUGACCGAGACCGCGACCGCCAUCGCCGAGACGAGAAGGAUCGAGACCGCGAGAGUCGCAAGGAGCGCGAGACAGGGCGAGGGUCAGCAGCUGCGCUUCCGACCACUCCUGGUGCUGAUGAACGCGGACUGCCGAGUAGACCUGAGACUGGUGGCCGCCAUCGUGGUGAUGAGUCUCUUGGGAAGCGGCGCCGUGGCGGUGACGACGAGGCGGACCGCUCUUCUAAGCGUUCGUCUCGAAAAGAUAGCCAUCACGAAGACCGCAGCCGUCGCUCGUCCGAAAAGGAUGGUCACGAGCGAGGUGGGCGUGAUUCCGACCGUCGUCGAAAGGAUCGAGACGGGGGAGACGGAGAGGGCAAGAGCUUAUCAAUCGACACGAAGCUGGGCGACAAGCGGAUACUAGAAGGACCUGCUUCCGCUAAGGCGUUGCCCCCUUCGACUCCAUCUGCACCUCGUGCAAUGACGAGUGGAGAUGGAUCCCGCAAAGACGGUCGUGACCGGGAUUGGAAGCGCGACCAACCCCCACAUGCUCCUCCAACUGCCAACGGAGGCUUGCAGGAGCCAAGCCAGGGCGGUAGCCUACGUUCACGUAUCUCUGCUGCGCCGGUUGACAGGGACUCGUCUCGUGGGCUGCCACCAAACCCUUCAGUGUCCUCCGGUGACAGGAAGCAAGACGAUGAUCGCGAUGGUGGCAGAAAGCGCACGGUAUCUGACCGUGAGAGGGACGCGCCUGAGACGACGGGGAUCAUCGAACCUACUGCCCAAGCUCCAAAGCGCCCCCGUCUCAUUCGCGAUCGUUACAAUACUACUUCCAGUGGCGGUUUGGCAAAGCGGGUGCUUCCAAUCGAUCCCCAAGCCGCAGACAAGGCUCGGGCGGCCCGCAAGGACUAG